AUGGAAGAGUUGGCAAGUCAGUGGAAUAAUUUUUCUUUGUCAGAGAAGGAAAAGGCUAGCUAUACUUUCUUAAAGGAACAACGCCCCGGGAAAUUUAUUUUGGCGGCAGAAUUCCUCACUCCUCGCUUUCUUAAUAUGGAAGUUAUGGCCCGAACUUUCAAACAAUUAUGGCGAUCAACAAUGGGUUUCAAGAUUCGUAAUCAGAAUGAGCACAGGGUCCUUUUUGUGUUUGAUAAUCUGGGUGAUAUUAACAGAAUCAUUCAAAAUCAACCAUGGAGUUUUGACAAGCACCUGGUGAUGCUUCAGAGAUACAACUUGGACUAUCCGGUUCAAGAUUUGGUUUUUUUAAGAACAAAAUUCUGGUUGCAAGUUCAUGAUAUUCCAACACGCUAUAUGAAAAUGGAGGUGGCUGAGAAUAUUUGUGAAAUAAUUGGCGAAGUGCAAAAAUCGACGAAAAGAGCUGACGAAGAGGGUGGUUACCUCAUGCGAGUUAGAGUAGAGCUGGAUAUAACGCAGCCUCUGUGCCGUGGUAGGCUUAUCACUUUGGAGAAAGGGAAAAAACACUAG